GCUUUGGCAACUCGUGGCUUUCUUUGUAGUUCGGUUCCUGGUUUGUACUAUUAUUUUGGCCUUUGAAGAGUGUAAACGACCGACAAGAGCAAGACGGGCGAACAUGCUUGUCCUCUUGUAUUUAUAGUACUGUCUUCCUCUCCAUUCACAAUCGUUUUCAACCAAACUUCUGCGUCAAUUGCCUUGUAAGUUCGCCAACACCUUCCGUUCUCAAGGCACAAUAACUAGGUGCGUGUUGCAUCUAGACUUCUUCUGUGUCAAUCUCGUGGGAGAGUCGUGAAUAUCGAAACGACGCCACCAUGUCAAAUCAGCAGCAGCAGGGACCACCAUUUCGCCCACCGACGCAAGCUUCUGGCAGCGCGUAUGCAAGCAAAGCAGUUGCUAUUCCAACAGGCAGGACUCAGCAGCAUGCUGUGCCUGCGCACAGGCCACCCCACGGCCACGUUGUCGGGCACAAUCCGGUGGCAUCGCCGCCCUCUCAGGCGCCUGGUGUCUCGCUGGCCGGCUUACAAAGUAUGGCUUAUCGACCGCCACCAAGCGCCAACAUGGGUCAUAUCGUUUCACCGGCUGCGGCCACGCUGAUGCUGGGUAGCGCCUACGGACCGCCGCACAUUCUUGGAGCUACGCCGCCGGGGUAUGUCCAGUUCCCUGGCACUUCACCACAGUAUGGUGUUGUGCCGCAAAUCCACCCAACCCAGCACGCGAUGCCUGCUACACUGCUGCCUGGCCAGCAGCCACCAACACACUAUUCACAGCAACACCAGCUGCAAUAUAUGACACAGCAGCAGCCAGCUGCCGUCGCCACUGCUGGUAUUCCAACCCCGCAGGCCAGUGGUGUCGCGCAUCAUCACCAGCAGCAGCCGCCGUUGCCUCACCACCAGCAGCAAGCAGCGUGGCAGCAGCAGGCAGCACUCCAGCAGCAGCUGCAACAUCAGCAUCAGUCACAGGGUGCCACUGCCACUGGUCAUCUUUGGCCACCACCACCUCAGCAGCUGCAACAUCAGCAUCAGCCACAGGGUGCCACUGGUCAUUGUCAGCCAUCACCACCUCAGCAGCACCAACAGCACCACCAGCAGCAGCAGCACCAAAAGACACCGCAGCCGCCGUCUUCCGGUGAGUCCAGCGCACAGCCGACGCCUGGACGCUCUACUGUCCAACAACGUCGUCCGAGUCAUACGGUCACCUUGAAAAACCCGGACACUGGCAAGGACCUCACAGAUGAAGUUCUAAGGCCCUCAGCGAAGCCACAGAUGCCUCACCAGCCAACCGGCGCUCAGAGUGCAAUGCCUGCGUAUUACUACCCAGGCUUUCCUGCGUACGUGGCACCAAGCAAUGCCCUCAGCGGUGGCAUGGCUGUCACAGCCGCUACAGUUGCUUCCACGUCAGGCGUGAAACCGAUGCGCACCAGUGGAGCCAGAUCCAAAACGGAUCCACCCGCCACCGGUAUGAGGCGUAGCAGUAGCAGCAGCAGCAGCGAUGCUUUUGCAGCCAAGGCUACAGUGGUACGGACCUCUGAAUCCGCUGAGGGCUCUGCCGCCAAGUCCAUCACAGCGGCAUCUGUGGUGUCGGACAAGCCAUCUACAGAGGCAUCGGCUGGAAAGUCGGCCGAGGUUUUAGCUGCAAAGUCUGCCGAGGCGUCGGUUGCGAAGUCUGCCGAGGCGUCGGCUGCGAAGUCUGCCGAGGCGUCGGCUGCGAAGUCUGCCGAGGCGUCGGCUGCGAAGUCUGCCGAGGCGUCGGCUGCGAAGUCUGCCGAGGCGUCGGCUGCGAAGUCUGCCGAGGCUUCGGCUGCGAAGUCUGCCGAGGCGUCGGCUGCGAAGUCUGCCGAGGCGUCGGCUGCGAAGUCUGCUGAGGCUCCAGCUGUAACAUCUGCUGAGGCGCCAGCUGCGAAGUCUGCCGAGGCGCCAGCUGCGAAGUCUGCCGAGGCGCCAGCUGCGAAGUCUGCCGAGGCGCCAGAUGCGAAGUCUGCCGAGGCGCCAGCUGCGAAGUCUGCCGAGGCGCCAGCUGCGAAGUCUGCCGAGGCGCCAGCUGCGAAGUCUGCCGAGGCGCCAGCUGCGAAGUCUGCCGAGGCGCCAGCUGAGAAGUCUGCUGGGGUGGCAAAUGCGAAGCCUGCUUAUACGUCAGUUGCGUCUGAUGCUGUGGUACCGACUGUGAAGUCUGCCAGGGCACUGGCUUCAAAGCCUAGCAAGGCGCUGGCUGCGAAGUCGGCCAAAAAGUCAAAAUCUGACGAAGCAAUGGGUGCCAAGACUAGGGUGCGUCGUGCCACAACACAGACUACGUCCACUGAUCCUCGCCAAAUGUCCAGUCCAAUCGGUGGCGCUGCACUGUAUGCCCGUGGGGCACCUCGUCGUGCAGUUGUGGCAGGCAAGAAAAACAUGCAAUCGGAUGUGAAGCCUGGUUUUCUACCACCGAGUCCUUCUCCGGCCACUGCCGGUGCCACAACGUCGGACGCUGCUACGCAUGAGGAGAGGAGUACGCAGCAGUCACCGGACCAAUCCCCGGCUGGUUCUCCGGCUGAUUCCCCGGAGCCGAUGGCUAAAGUGUCCAAGGGCAAAAGUGCCAGGAGCUUCCGCUACCGGGAACUUCCUGAUUCUGACCCAUUGACUGGCUAUAAGGACAAGCCAGCCCGAGAGGAGGCUAAGCCAGAGAGUAAGACGGGUGCCAAGAAGACCAAGCAACAGCAAAGGCCAGCUCCAGAGCAACAGCAAAGGCCAGCUCCAGAGCAACAGCAAAGGCCAGCUUCAGAGCCGACAUGGGAUGAGAAGGAUGAUCGUGAGCUGGUCGCUGACCUCCCAACGUCUUUGCAUGGCAGUGUGGCCAGUGCUGAACCCGUCCAAUCAGAUUCGAAAACUACAAAGCCUGGAACACCAUCCGAUGAAAAAAAGACCUUCAAGACCGCUGUCCCAGGUAUCCGUUAUCCAGAUGAAGACAUGUGGCGUCCUGAUAAUCCCGAGGGUAGGAAGUCCUACGACGGGAGCUUUUUAAGGCAAUUUUCUGGUUACGCCGACCCGCCUGCUAACUUGCCAGUGGGGGUUGAGAUUCUUCGGUCUCCGAAUCCCCAAUCCCAUCAGAGUGGAGCAUCAUCCGUUCCCCCGCCUCCGUCGCAAGGUGGCCGAGGCUCGUCAGGUGGCCGGCAAGGCCGGACCAGCCGAAGCAGCGUCUCGUCACAGUCUUCGCGCAAAACGGUCACACUCCAGAUGGACACGACAGCAGCGGAGCCGUUGCAGAAAAGCUCUAAUCGUUGGAAGCCAACCCGCGAGAAAAAGACGGAUGAUUCCAGCGAUGCCGAGACGCAAGCGGUAAUUAGCCGAAUGAUGACGAUCCUUAACAAAUUGACACCGGAGAAGUUUGAGAGGCUCGCCACGGCGAUUGAUGAGUUGGAAAUAAACUCUGAAGAGAGGCUGCGUGGUGUGGUAGAGCUCAUCUACAAGAAGUCAUUAUCGGAGCCAACUUAUUGUGAACUCUACGCUCGCAUUUGCUUGCGUUUAGCGGAUUUAGAAGUGCCAUUUGAUGGCGACGAGGCACUAUCGUUCCGCAGGGUACUGUUGACGAAAUGUCAGAGAGAGUAUGAGUCAACGGACCCGGCCUUGGCAGACCUCGAGAAAAAGCAUCUCAGCAAUGCGGACAAGCUCUCGAGUGAAGAUCUGAAACAGAAGACUGCGGAGUACGAAAGUGAGGUCAGCGUACUCAAGAAGAACUCACUCGGCAACAUUAAAUUCAUUGGGGAGCUGUUCAAGCUGAAACUCUUGACUGAGACCAUUAUGCACAGGUGCUUGAUGAAGCUGCUGGCGGCUGGAGACGAUGACUCUCUGGAACUGAUGUGCAAGUUGUUUGGGACCACAGGAAGACUGCUCGACCGCGAAAGGGCUAAAGCUCGCAUUGAUCAAUACUUCGACAAGAUUAGACGAAUUAUCAAGAAGGAACCUGGAAAAACGGGUGUGUCCACGAGGAUACGAUUCAUGCUCGAGGACCUGGUUUCACAAAGGAGGCGUGCCUGGGCGGCUCGCAGGGAAGAUAACAAGCCGAAGAAACUGAAUGAAGUUCAUCAGGAGGCCAAGGCAGCGGAGAAUGCGGCGGCGGCAGCAGCUGCCAUGCCACGCUCCAGCUCCUCACGUUCAGAGAGGAGUUCUGCACAUGGUGGAAGUCGAAGCCACUCAGGCCGUAACACCAACGCUGAGGGCGAUGGCUGGCAGACAGCGCUACCACGCCAGCGCUCUGAGCCUGAUAGGCUAAGGGGCACCAGUCAACGUGCGGCACUCUCGCAUCGCACAGAUGACACCAGGAGCUCGGGCCCGAGUGGUCGCUCUUCCGGGGGACAGGGUAGCAUGGGCGGCACCUCUCGCAGUGCUCCUCGUGAUGUGGAGCGGGGCAACCGUUAUGCAAGCUUAGCAGCAGCUGAUCCAGUUCGCUCUCCAGAGCAGCGUGUAAACGGUAACUCCACUGCAUCAUCACGCAGGACAGGAUCAACAUCCUCUUCGCACGGCUCGGCCGCGACACACACCAGCGCAAACCGCACUAGCUGCAAGGAACAAGUUGUGAGCGGAGGUCCGCUGCCACCAGGUCCUCCUCGUGAUGUUCGCAAAGAGAUUCCAGAUCUCGAUCGCUCUCUCAUUAUGCCUGGAGGUGCCUUAGCAGUUUCACAAGCUGCUAUCACAGCAAUGAAUAGUGAUACUGCACCUGAAGUGGCAGAUGUCGAGAAGAAGGCGCGCGUUCUCACUGAAGAUUUCUUUAGCAAUCCCGAAGCUGGCGAGGUUCGGCUUUGUAUAGCAGACAUCAAUUCGCCCAUAAGUCACCCAGCCAUUGUCUCUACAAUGAUAACCUGUGCAUUGGAAAUGAAGGACACGCAGUGCAAGCUAGUUGCCGAUCUAUUCACAGAGCUGGUCCCCGAUGGCACGAUCAAGCUGGAGUGCAUAGUGGCUGGACUGUAUCGAGUUCUGGAGGAGACACCAGACUUGGCGUUAGAUAUUCCGCAUAUCUAUGAUCUACUGGUGAUUGUCAUUGUUCCGCUCGUUUUCAACUGCAAGUUAAAAAUUUUCACACUAUCAGAGCUAGUCGUCAAGCAUCUCCGAGAUGUCGGGAAAGCAGCCGUCUUUAUGGUGAAAGUGUUGAAGGCUAUUGCCGAGAAAAAGGGAGAGUUUGUCGCCCGUCAAUUGUGUGGAACAGCCUAUCUCAAGUGGAGCUCACUAUUGCAAGAUGGACAGAAUGUUGAUCAGUUCCUUGCUGACCAAGGUGUGCAGUUUCUGGACUGCCCGUCCCUUCCAUAUUUCCUGGAAGACCGUUAUAACCGACCUCGCGGACGUGAUGUCAAGGAUUGGAUUGACCGCACCUACCAGGAUACAACCACUGCUUCCUUUGCUGAAGAUUGUGCAUCCAGAAUUGCCUGUGCUUUCAUUGACCCAACCACUCGCGAGUUUGCGAAUGCCAAAUGUGAAACCUUGCUCAUACUCGGCAUUUCUAGAUACUUUGAGCAUGACCCCGAUCUCCGGUACGCUGUCAUCCUGGGCCUGGAGAAAGUCGCUGCUCAGUACGAUCACCAUCCCGGUAUGCUCCAGUCCUUAUUUGAUGCGUUUUACUCUGGAGAUGCAUGCGAUGACGGAGCAUUCUUCAAGUGGGAGGCGAUGGCAACACCCACUGGAGGCGAUUGCCUUCACGGUGUAGCACUCAACUCUGUCAAGCAAUUCUUGGCGUUCUUGCACUCUGAGUACCCUGACCAAUAGGGUUUAGAUCACUAGCAGUCAGUCAACGAAGAGCUUCUGCAACUCCUCGCCAUCGUCUAUGUGUUCCUGGCUUAGGUUGUGCAGUUCAUCCGCUGCCAGCAUCUCCAGUAACUGUCAAGCUGAUAUCCGCUUCCGUGCUUGGUCCCGAUUUCUCCAUUUCCUGAAACAAUAUGCGAGCCACCCGUCGUUCAUACUUCAUGUGCCGCCCUGCUCUGUGCUUGAUCCACACGUUUCUUUGGCUUUUACCGCCGCUUGUGUCUGAUGUUCUGAAUGAGGACUAGCCUCCAAUCCAGUCAUAGUGGUGUGAGCCAUCCGUUCAUUCUGCAUGUGCAGCACUCCGAUGAUGGUGCUGUCAGCCAUCCGUUCAUUCGUCUCAGCUAUGGUUUUGGCUCUGAACUUGUGCAACUGCGAACUGAAUUAGAUGACAACGUGAAAGGUUGUAAAAUACUAAAAGCCAGCAAGACGGUAGUAGUUGUCCAGGAAUUGGAACUGGAACUGGAUUUGCAUUUGCAUUUGUAUUGCAUUUUCAACCAUUGUGUUUCUUUUGCCCGUGAAAGAGGCUUGAGUAUUAAUUGUCAGGAAUUGGAAUUGGACAAACUAAAAACAAUCAUCUGCUCUGUCCUAUCUUUUUUGUCAACAUUAUUUCUGAUCAAUGGAUCUAUUAUGGAUCUGCUGCCAAAUGCUUCCGUUGAGGCCACCGAUCAUUGUCCUUUUACUUUUUCUUCUGAUUGUUCUAUAACUUUUUAGAUAGGACGACGGUUGCUGAGCUGUUUUAACCCCUGUGUUUUGCGUCUCGCUUGUUGUCAGUCGAAUGUUUUCUGAACUUGUUGCUUGUUAGCGAGCAGCACUCUGUGCAGCUAGCGUUCUCUCGUCUCUUUCGUCGAUGUCCAUUUUCUUUACAAUGGCUAUGCCGGUUUUUAAAUAUUUAUUCUUUGCUUUGUGUACCCAUCUGUUUUCUUAACCCCGUGCGGGGCGCGCACAGAAGAGGAUUAUUACAACUCGGAACCUAGCCCAGGGAGUUUCCAGUCUUCGCCCCGUGCUACCCCUCGUGUCACAUUAGACAAGCUCGUUCAUUUUGACAAGGGCACACAGAAGAGGUUUACAACUCCAAGCCUAGCCCGGUGAGUCUGUAGUCUUCGCCCCGUGCUUCCCUUUGCAUCGCAUCGUUGGACAGUCUAGUUGUGUCAGUGUGUCAAGUCUCCAUCUACCGUUUCGUUUCAGUGCCACUGUGCGUUCAUACUGGCAGCGUUCCACACAGCGUGACCUCACCGGCUGUGUGCCUGUAUACAGCCAUGUUCCAAUGUACCGACGACAAGUGGCCAAUGUUGACUUGUCAGUCGCCUGCUGGUGUUCAGCACAAUGUCUCCUCGGUCGGUACAGAUACUGCUUAGGAAGUCCUCCCAGCCAAGCCUGUUGGAUGGUGCUGAGUAAUGAUCAGUGGUACUACUGGAUCAUUCUUCAAUAUGCAGUGUUGUGUAGUGACUGAAGCAACCGCCAAAGUGUUUCAUUGACUGACAUUAUUGUUUCAAGAA